UUUUUUCCCCCUCAAGAGCCGGAAACAAAACAAAGUAUGUCAUGUGACUCCGGCUCGUACGACGUUUCGUCUUCCGAGUAUGUAGCUGUUGUUGGUGAAGUCAGUUUUAAAACAGGACUCAAAUAAGUUGCUGACACGAGAAAACACGGGCCGCCAUGGCUGAUGAUUUGAAGAGAUACCUGUACAAACAGCUGCAGAGCGUUGACGGUCUUCAUGCUAUUGUAGUGACAGACAGGGAUGGUGUCCCAGUUAUCAAAGUUGCCAAUGACAACGCCCCAGUCCACGCUCUGAGGCCGGCCUUCCUGUCCACUUUUGCCUUGGCCACAGACCAGGGAAGCAAGCUGGGCCUCUCCAAGAACAAGAGCAUCAUCUGCUACUACAACACCUACCAGAUUGUGCAGUUCAACCGGUUACCACUGGUCAUCAGCUUCAUUGCCAGCAGCAGCGCCAACACAGGCAUCAUCAUGAGCGUGGAGAAGGAGCUGGCUCCACUAAUAGAGGAACUGAGGCAGGUGGUGGAAGUGACAUAAACUCCCACAGAACGGACGACCCUGAACGAGGUCACCUGCCCGCAUCCCAUCCUGCUCACUGGAUCUCCCCCAUCUCUAAUGGUGCAUUCAUGUCCUGUGGGAAAAACCUGUCUGAAGGUUGUUGGUUUUUUUUUUUACAGAUCAAAGAAAUGGCUUUUGAAUUGUUGACAUCUUCAGACCUGACUGUACCAUGUUUACUUUACUUCCUGCUGUUUUCUGUAGAGUUUAUCCUCAUCAGCAUCUUUACUGCUAUGAGAGUUUGUGUCGAAUCAAGUCAAGUCAAGAAUAAAUGUUUAAGUUUGUAGCACCUAAA